AUGAGUAUCAAGAUCAAUCCGGACCGUCCAUUACUUGUAGGUCCAGAGAAACCUCAUGAACCGUUUCCAUUUGCUCUUGAAGGCACUGUCGUGAAAGGUUAUGGAAGAGGUUCUAAACAACUUGGCAUUCCAACAGCGAAUCUGUCGGAUGAAGCUAUUGCGACUAUGGCUUCCGGUUUAGAAACGGGUGUCUAUUAUGGCUGGACACAGAUUGGUGAAAGAGGUAGCACCGUUUAUCCCAUGGUCAUGAGCUUGGGAUGGAACCCCUAUUUCAAAAACGAGCAAAGAUCUGCCGAGGUUCACAUCAUUCAUGAGUUUCCCGAUGAUUUUUAUGGCAUCUCUAUUCGUGUAUUAGUUCUUGGAUUCAUUCGACCUGAACAAAACUAUCCAAACUUAGAUGCUCUUAUCACUGAUAUCAGAACUGAUAUUGAAGUAGCUAAACAAUCCUUGGCAAGAACACAUUAUACAGAAUUGAAAGAGCACGGUCUCUUUGCCUAA